CAUAUAUAGGUUGAGAUAAGAAACAGCUAUUUAAACCCUGUCCACCUUCUGUUCUACCAUUAUUUAGGUUAUUGACAGUGAAACAAUGAAAUAUGCCAUCUGUGUAUUAGCUGUGAUAUUGGGGCUCUGCCUGGCUGAAGACUCCACCCCUGCCCCGAAGGAGUGUAUGAGUGAUGCGGACUGCACUGAUAACGAAUGUUGCUACAAGAAGCACGAGUUUCUCGUGGUGAGCAAGAAACGUCAGGGUACAUUCGAAGGAUACCCAGUACACAGCCAAGAUCUUACGCAUACCAAAGGUGUGUGUCAAAGUUACCAUGCUGAAGGCGAUCACUGCAGUAUCUUCGAUAAGAGGAACGGUUACUGCAGCUGUAACGAUAAGAAGGGAAUGUCCUGUCAGUUUGUCCGCAACCCAGUGACCAGCUCAAAGAGGCAGUUUGACAAUGGAUUUGGGUCAUACCACUGUACCGCGGCUCUGACGUUAUCCAAGAAGUAGAAUGCUUACGUUUGUGCUAUUUUCUGUAAAAAGAAGAAUAAACGGCUUUGACAAAACA